CAGGUUUUGAAAUCACCUGGGGAUUUCUUGGGUGCAGGGUGGACAGAAGGGAAAACGGGAGCAGGGUUCUGGCUGCUGCUGUUACUGGCCUCGGGCCACAGAGGCAGUUGAAGUGAAAGUGAAAGAGAAACGGAUACAAGAAGCAAACAAGAGACCACAGGUGCUAAGUGAGGGUGCUCAAAGAGCCCCCUCUUCAGCCAGAGAUCACAAGCAGGGGAACUGUGGAGAAGGCAGCCAGCCUGCGAGGAAGAGCCAGAGAGUAGCCUCCAUGGGCUCCGAGCCCAGCUGGUGUCUGCUGCUCUGUUUGGCUGUCUCUGCAGCGGCAGGGACUGACCCCCCUACAGCGCCCCCCACAGCAGAAAGACGGUGGCAGCCCACGGACAUCGUCUUAGACUGCUUCUUGGUGACAGAAGACAGGCAUCGAGGGGCUUUUGCCAGCAGUGGGGACAGGGAGAGGGCCUUGCUUGUGCUGAAGCAGGUACCAGUGCAGGAUGACGGCUCCCUGGAAGGCAUCACAGAUUUCCAAGGGAACACGGAGACCAAAUAUGGUUCACCUGUUAUCUUCGAGGCCUCAGUGGACUUGGUACAGAUUCCCCAGGCAGAGGCUUUGCUCCAUGCCGACUGCAGUGGGAAGGUGGUAACCUGUGAGAUCUCCCAGUAUUUCUUCCAUGCCAGACAAGAGGCCGCUUUUGAGAAAGCACAUUGGUUCAUCAGCAAUAUGCAGGUAUCUAGAGGGGGGCCCGGUGUCUCCAUGGUGAUGAAGACUCUAAGACAUGCUGAAGCUGGAGCUGUCUGGCACCCUACGCUGAACCUACCCCUGAGCCCCCAGGGUACAGUGAAGACUGAAGUGGAGUUCCAGGUGACAUCAGAGACCCAAACCCUGAAUCACCUGCUGGGGUCCUCUGUCUCCCUGCACUGCAGUUUCUCCAUGGCACCAGGCCUGGUCCUCACUGCCGUGGAGUGGCGACUGCAGCAUAAAGGCAGUGGCCGGCUGGUAUACAGUUGGAAGACAGGGCAGGGGCAGGCUAAGCGCAAGGGCGCCGCCCUGGAUCCUGAGCAGCUGCUCAUGGCUGGCAAUGCCUCUCUCACCUUACCCAACCUCACUAUAGAGGACGAGGGGAGCUACAUCUGCCAGAUCUCUACCUCUCUGUACCAAGCUCAACAGAUCAUACCACUUACCAUCCUGGCUCCCCCUAAAGUACGAAUGAACCUGGCAAACAAGGACCCGCUGCCCUCCCUCGUCUGCAGCGUUGCUGGCUACUAUCCUCUGGAUGUGGUAGUGACGUGGAUUCGGGAGGAGGAGAUGGGUGGAAUUCCAGCCCAAGUCUCUGGUGCCUCCUUCUCCAACCACAGACAGAGCGUGAUGGGAACCUACAGCAUUUCUUCCAUGGUGACGGCCGAGCCAGGCCCCACAGGUGCCACUUACAUCUGCCAAGUGACCCACGUCUCCCUGGAGGAGCCCCUUACAGUCAGCAUGAAGGUUUUGCCAAACACAGAGCAGAGCGGAGCCUUUGGAGUCAUCUUUGCCAGCAUUGUCUUCCUUUCUGCGCUGUUGUUUCUGGGACUUCACAGACAGCAAGCUUCUUCGUCAAGGUCCAUCAAGACUAUGAGGCACUCUGGGUAGCUGCUUGCCUGCCUCUGAGUACAAAGUAAAGUACUUGUGUUCUGGCUAUCUAAAGGACUCUGUUAAGGUGUGGAGCUGAGCGGGCCUGAAGGCAGCAACACAUUGGGAGUGAGGUACUGGCCCUGGUCUGUACAAGUCUCUGCCUCCCUGUACUACUGAGAAAAGAACCCUGGGCUGAUAAAAAGGGAUGGGACAAGAGGAGGGCAGAAUUAUCAGAGCGGAGGCUAAUGCCAUCUAUGUGAGGUAUUAAGAAAUCGGGGGG